AUGGGGCGUUCUCUGAGGCCAACAAACAUGGGCGGCGGAGGGGGUCUGGUUCGGGACCACAAUGGUCAGCUGCUUGUAGCUUUUGCAACCCCACUCGCCGCUCACUCGGCUCUUGAGGCCGAGCUUAUGGCCAUUCACCAUGGGUUGGAGGUAGCAAAGGGGUUCAACCUACCCAUUUGGGUUGAAGCAGAUGCGGAACAAGCCAUUAAGUUGCUCAAUGGCUCGGCUUGGGGCCCGGCACAAGUUCGCCGCGUAAUGGCCCGGCUACAUGGCUUUAAGCGUAGACAUACCGUCAGGGCCACUUUCAUCCCUAGGGAGGGCAACAAGGCGGCCGAUUUGCUCGCCAAAAUGGGAGCGGAACAAGAUCAUUUCCAACAAAUGUCCUCACAAAAUGUUCCAGCAACAAUUAGAGCCAUCAUCCGGAUGGACGAAAUGGGAGUCCCCAAUCUUCGGGUGAGAGAUGAUGAGCGAGAGUAG